AAACGACCUCUUCGGCCGUCGUCUUCAAUUUCAUCACACAAUGGGCCGUUACAGCAGUCCAUCAAUGGAGUCCAAUCUCUCUGCCUCCAUCGGCCUCCCGGCUCCCGACCACCACCGUGAAAUCGCCGCCGAUUUCCCCAAUCUCUUCCCCCAAUUCGCCUCCUUGCUCAUUUCCCACCAAAACCCUCAAAAACCCAUCCCCAAAACCCUCCCUUUCGCCUCCAAUUCCAUCUCCUUAUCCACAUCCCAACAACAACGACCCUCCCACCACCGAAUCGCCCUCAUCAGCACCCCGGCCAAGCUCAAAUCCCUAAUCAACAACCUCUCCGUCUUCGAGCGGGCCCUAAUCGGCGCCGGCGGGGGCGGACUCGCCGGGGCCUUCACCAACUUCUGCCUCCUCCCUCUCGACGCCGUCAAGACCAAGCUCCAGACCAAAGGGGCGUCCCAGAUCUACGCAAGCACCCUCGACGCCGUCGUCAAGACAUUCCACGACAAGGGCAUCCUAGGGUUCUACCGCGGCGCCUCCGCGGUAAUCGUCGGAUCCGCCGCCUCCUCCGCGGUCUACUUCGGCACCUGUGAGUUCGGCAAAUCGGUCCUCGCCAAGCUCGACGACUUCCCUCCUCUGCUCAUCCCUCCCACCGCCGGCGCCAUGGGGAACAUCGUCUCCUCUGCAAUCAUGGUCCCUAAAGAGCUGAUCACUCAGCGGAUGCAGGCUGGGGCGAAGGGGAGGUCGUGGGAAGUUCUGGCGAGGAUACUGGAGAAGGACGGCGUGUUGGGUCUUUACGCCGGGUACUCGGCCACAUUGCUGAGGAAUUUGCCUGCUGGGGUGUUGAGUUACUCCUCGUUCGAGUACUUGAAAGCUGCGGUGCUGAGCAAGGCCAAGAAGGCGCAAUUGCAGCCGAUUGAGAGCGUGGUCUGUGGAGCGCUGGCAGGGGCGAUCUCGGCUUCUUUGACGACUCCUCUCGAUGUCGUGAAGACGAGGUUGAUGACUCAGGUGGGCAGAGAAGCCAUGGGAGGGGUUGGAGAUACUGUGAAGCAGAUAUUGAUGGAGGAAGGGUGGGUUGGAUUCAGUAGGGGAAUGGGUCCGAGAGUGCUUCACAGUGCUUGCUUCUCGGCAAUGGGGUAUUUCGCGUUCGAGACUGCUAGGCUCGCGAUAUUGGACCGGUAUUUGAAGCACAAGGAGUUGCAGCAGGAAUUGGAUGCUGUUGUUCCAGCUUGAAUUAUGCUAUGGACCCACAUCUGUCUAUAAGCGGAUGGCUUUCUUCAGACACAGUGCUCAUGCAGAAAUUGAGGGCUGCUGACCUCUGAGUUUUAGACUCCAGGAGGGGCAAGGACAGGGGAUGGGAUGAAUUGGAAGGAAGGAAGAGGGUUGUAUGGCACAAUCUGUGGGAGACCCAAGAAGUCCGACAUGCUGCAACUGUCUUCCAGCAUCGAUAUCAAGUUUUAUUCCUCUUGACAAUCCCCCUCAGCAAUUCCCUUGAUAUAAGCAAAUCGGGCAACCAGAAUUGAGUAAAAAGUAGCCUUCGCGUUGGAGAAUUUUGACAGCAGACUCUGGAUUGAUUUCCGCCCUGGGGAUAGAAACUCCUUCAGCUCUUCUUCCUUCGUUGUCGGGUUAUCGGGUUUCAGGGUAUCAUUAUAAUGUAUCAUAUUGGCGGAAUACAGUUUAUUUCAUAAUGGAACUUAACGGCCCGGUAGACACAAUGGAAGAACGAUCGAUCAUAUUGGUGGAAUGGACAGAGCAACCUUGCAAUUUCGUCAGAUCCCAGGUCCCUCCACCAUUCCCCAGUUCCCUCUACCAUUCCCAGCGACGGUCCGACUCUUGAGGAGGGGGCUUCUUCUAAUACACGGGAGGAUUGGUGGAAUGCCCCAGACAUGCAGAAGUUCUUGAAUUCGGAAGAGGAUUGGUGGGGUACUUCGGGUUUCUGUGACACUUUCUCUCAAGCCACGGGAACCCCUUAUACGGAGAGCACCUUUUACUCUACACAGACUGCGGUACUAAUUCUACCAUAGAGGCUAACGAUAGACAAUAACUCCCCCCCGAACACAGCUUACAACUUUCAUCGUACUGUGCUCUCCAAAGAGCAACUCUUCUCAAAAGGUGCUGAGCAGCCUUUCCUCGGGUUCGUAGAGUCGGGUUUACCGUUUACCCACAACGGAGGAACCGCCCCCACCGGGCUUUGGCCAUACAAAAAUUUUCACAAAUAAUCAGCCCCAGGCUAAUUAAUGUUCCAGUUUUUGCCUCCGACCCGAGAAAAGACACGGUCAAGCCAAGCCCUUACCCGCCUGAAUGGAAUUCAUAUCUCCUUCGGGCUCAUAUAUUCCCUCCCUCUCCUUCUUGUUCUAAUUCAAAUGCGAGCAACUUCGUUCCUUCGGUCGAGUGACUUCGUUCCUGCAUCUCCUGCGUUUCCGUGGGGCCCUUCCUAGAAGUUUGCUGCUAGGAGCCCCUCUAGUCGAAUCAAUAAUCAAUAGAUACUACCGCAGUCUGUGUAGAGUAAAAGGUGCUCUCCGUAUAAGGGGUUCUCGUGGCUUGAGAGAAAGUGUCACAGAAACCCGAAUUACCCCACCAAUCCUCUUCCGAAUUCGAGAACUUCUGCAUGUCUGGGGCAUUCCACCAAUCCUCCCGUGUAUUAGAAGAAGCCCCCUCCUCAAGAGUCUACCCAGUAACAGAAUUUCCAUAAUUAGAAGAAUAGAAAUCGUAGUAAGGAAAACCAAGCAAACGAAAUAAAGAAAACCAAGCAAACAAGAAUAGUCUUUCUGGGAAAUUGACAGUAAACACUCACCGGACCGUCGCUGGGAAUGGUAGAGGGAACUGGGGAAUGGUGGAGGGACCUGGGAUCUGACGAAAUUGCAAGGUUGCUCUUUGCAUUCCACCAAUCCUCUCGUGUAUUAGAAGAAAGAAGGCGGCAAAAGGCAGCAGCAUGUGCCCUUAGAGCGGUAAAAUAAAAUUAUCUCCAGUGGUUGCUCUGUAUGCAUAGGCUAUACAAGGAAACUCGGUCGAGAGGACUUCUUUGUGUAUUAUCUAUUUAAGAUUGCAGCCAUCAGUUUUAGUUUAGGGGCGUGUCAUGCUGGAUAUCAUGGUUAUGAAAAUGUCAAUCGAAUUCAAUUCUAUGAUGAAAAUUCAUUAUUUGUAUAUCAAAUGAGGUGAAAAUUGUUUCAUCUUUUUUAACUAUACGGGGAUUGAUUUGCCAGUAGUUUCAAUUCAUCUGAAAGAGAAUUUUUGCAGAUUUGACACCCCUAUGAAUCGUUGGCCUUGGAGCUUCAUUGUGAAGUAGUUCAAUGCUUAUGCAACUUUCACAGCUAUAUGAAACCUCAGAGUGUUUGCUUUUUAGUUUUUACCAUGGAGGUUCUCUUCAAAGCCGCCUCACCUCUGACCGAAAUGGGUCACUGCAGCUGAUGAUUCAUCAUCAUCAACUGGCUUCCCAUCGAGUUCUCCAUUUUCUCUUCUCUUCCUCUUUUGUGUCCUUCCUCCGACUGCCUGAAGUGGUUGGCAGGUCUCUUGAUUGCAAAAUCUCUAUUAAAAUCUCAAUCCUCACAGGGUUUGCUGUUAAUGGCUGGGAAAAAGUAAUGGGAGCUUUAGCGAUGUAUUCAUAGGCUUCCUGCUCCCAGCCUCCCUCCAUCUCCGCCGCUGGCAGUGUUUUGCCAAUGCUGGUGUGCCAGUAUUUAUUGGCUGGAGCUCUCGCUCCUGGAACCAGCAUUAGGCUGAUCGAUCUACUGCAAAAAUACUAUAAGGGCGCCGACUCUCUGCUUCACAGGCAAAAGGGGGGAAUUUCCUUUCCAUUAUAUUUCUGUUUCAAUUUUGUAAUCUAUGUUAAGCAUACCAUGCAUAUUCCACUCUGACCACUGUCCGACGGCUUUAUGCUUUCUUUGUGAUGGUGACAAGGCGGGGUCCAAAGCCGGAGAUAGUGAAGUUAUCCAAAACUCUCCCAUCUCGGCGGCAGUGAUUUCGUCUGCUGCUGUGGAAGUUUGAAUCCAAAAGAAUCCUCCGAUGACAGUCCUGACAAUCACGGCGACUGGUGCACUCACUGUCUCCGAUGAGCGAAUUGAAAAGCAAAAACCACGCUUUUCCCUCUGUUCGACUCUCUGUUUUCAAAUUGGCAGAUUGGGAGAGGGAUUCGCCUGGGACUUCCUCAGCUAGACAACUAUGCCCGAGGAAAACCCAUGAAGAAGUGAUAGAGGCUGAGAAGUGCAACUAUUAAGGCUUGAUUAGGAGUAAACAAUAGCUUCAAUGUUUCGAUUGCAGCUCCGAUUGAUCCAUGUUACAAGCCACUCUUAGCUUCUCUUGAGAGUGAUAACUGUCAGAAGUGCUAUUUUCUUCCAUGGUUGCUGCGCGACUAUGUGUGGCGCAUUUUUAGUUUGAUUGGUAACGUUAGAAUCGGAUGAAAGUGUAGUUUGAGCCAAAUUCAACAGUUGAAUAAAAUUCUUUUCAUCUCGAGUUAUCGGUAGCGAAUUGGUGACAGUUUUCCUCCUAAGUGGUCUUUGUUGUUGUGAGGUGUGAACUGUGAUGCAUUCAUUUCAAUGGAGCUUCCGGUGGACAGAAGGGAAGAACGAUUGAUCCAUCCAUGUUCGUCAAUUCAAUAUGCUUAUGCUCAAACUCACAAAAUAAUCUUUCCCUGUGUGUAUAUGUCAACAUCUUUUGUUAAACAAAAGGGAUCCCAAGGAAAAGGGAAACCCAGAAACACCCUGUCAAAAAAAUUGUAUGUUUGUAUGAUUCAGUAACUAAUACGGCAUGAUGUGCGUUGUUUUGGUGUCAUAGCUCUCGACGACGAAUCCGUCACCGCUGCUGCCGGCGCCGGCGCAGCCGUUCCCCCUGUAUCCGGCCCUGAGAGCCUUCACCAGCUCCCGGCACAUCGACCUCACGUUGCCUUCCCCUUCGCUCUGCAUCACCAGAAGCACCUUCGUCACGCCGUGAUUCCUCACCGCCUUCUCCGCCACGGUCCCGUCCUUGAACAAGCAGCACAUCCCCCACAGCACCGCCACCGCGUCCUCCGUCGCCGGCUUCGACACCUUCAUCAGCCGCUCCACGAUCCCACCCACGCAAUUCGGGUCCCCGCUGAUCGCCGCUCGGCCCUCCGGACACGUCGACAGCAGCGAGAGCAGCUUCAGCGACUUCUCCGCCAGGGGAACGGCGGCGGCGCUGCGGUCGGAGACCGUUCGCGAGAGGAAUCCGACGAGCCCCAGCUCCACGAGUCGGAUCCUGACGGAGCGGGUCACUGCGAUCGAGAUCAGGAGCGACAGAACGGCCGCGUGGAGAUGAUUCGGGUCGGGUCCCGGCCGGAGGAGCAGGGAGAGGAGGACGGGGACGAGAUCCUCUGUUUCCGCGACGAAACGUUUCGAUUCGUUGUCGAUUGAGAUCGAGUCCAGAAUUCUCACCGCCUCGAUCUUGGAGCUCGAAUUCUCCGCCUCCCGGAGAGUGGAAGUCAACGGCGACAGCCGAUUCCGAUCGCCGCUCUGGAGAAUCAACAACCUGUGCAAUUUCUCCUUGACGCCGUUCUCCCCGGAGACCAGCCCCAAAACCCUAACCGCCAUCUCCGACUCCCCAAUCUUCCCCACAACCGUUUCGACAAAACCCUCGAUUCCGACCAGAACCCGCCGGUUGUAAUCGGAGCACCCGGCGAAUUCGACGAGAUGAGAUAGAAACGAGAGACACUCUUCCUUCCUCUCGCCGGCGCUUCGGAUUUUGUGAAUCCAGACCCGGACCUGGUCCUCGGACGCGGCGGGGCGGCGGGUGGAAGAGGAUUGGUUCCACAGGUUGAUGAGACGGAGGAGGGUGAGGUUGGGGACGAAAUCCUUGGACGGGAGGAUCUGCAUGGUGGCCGGACACGUGUCGUGGCCGGUCUCGAGCCAUUUCUGGAUGCUGGACCGGUCGUAUGUGACGCCGGUGGUGAGGCUGACCGGAGAUUUCAUGACGUCGAGGGAGAUCGGGCAGCGGAAGAGAUUGGGUACCGUUAUGUACAGUCCAUCCCUUUCUCUUCCCAUUUUUUUGCUCGAUUUUCCGGUUGGAAAUUUGUUCGGAGAAUGGAGAAGAGAACAGAGGGGAGAAGAAGACUGGGAGUUUAGAGAGAGAGAGAGAGAGAGAGGUGGAUUCGAUGUUUUGUAGGGAGGAGGAGUCAAAGUGGAGGACUAUGGACCGACGUCGUAUUUGGGGCGGAGUUCAGUAGGCUACAGUUUGCUUCACGGAAACGCACCUGGUCUGGUCAAAGAUUUUGUAUUCUUUUGUAAAUUAAAUGAAAUACAGCA